CCCGAACCCAGACCGAAUUUGAGCUGCUGGAAGUCCAACUCGAAUUGAAUAUAAUGUUUUUGUUUCAAUUCUUAAUUUUCCGAGAAUUUAUGGGUAAUUUUCAGGUUUAACAAAAACAAAGAGCUGCAUCAAUGCCACCCCUAUUGUCGUGUUGAGAUUGUUCUCUACGCCUCCGUGACUUUUGAACUGUGCAGUCUGCGCGUGGGCCAUUUGGGGGUGAAAAAACACACUAUCUGUGGUUCUACAUCCGUGAGCUCUAACUCUCUGAUAUAUGUGAAUAGCCUAACAGUACUGAAUUGCCAAUCAAAUUUUGGGCUAGUAGAAAAAAAGAAGAAAGACAUUAUACAAUUCAAUCAACUUACUCAACCAUGAGCAUCACUGGCCUAAUCAGCAGACUUCUAUGGAAGGAAGAAGUUAUCGAAGAAGAACUUGAAGAAGCCGCAAAAGUGGAGUCCAUCUGGAUUUUCCCAAUCAAGUCAUGCCGUUGGAUUUCUGUUUCCCAAGCUCCCGUCACUCCCACUGGGUUCCGGUGGGACCGGCUAUGGAUGGUGGUGAAUUCAAGCGGCAGAGCAUGUACUCAGAGAGUCCACCCCAAGCUUGCUCUGGUUGAAGUGGCUCUACCGCCUGAGGCAUUUCGUGACAAUUGGGAACCCCAUCGCGGCUCGUUUCUCGAGGUGAGGGCUUCCGGAAUGAAUGUUCUGAAGGUCCCAUUAAUUGAGCCUUCUACUUUAUCCGAUGGUGUCUCGGUGUGGGGGUGGACUGGGGCUGCCUUGGACGAGGGAGAUGAAGCGGCAGAAUGGUUCACCCAGUAUCUUGAGCAACCUAGCCGGCUCGUGCGCUUUCAAGAAGCAUCACAGAUUAGACCUGCAGACCCCAAGUAUGCUGCUGGCCAUAAUAUCAAGUUCACUGAUUCCUAUCCAAUUCAUCUGGCAUCCCAGAAAUCACUGGAUGCUUUGAAUGAGAAGUUGGAGGAGCCUGUACCAAUGAAUAGAUUUAGACCAAACAUUCUUGUUGAUGGAUGUGCAGCAUAUGCUGAAGAUUUUUGGAAAGUGAUCAAGAUUAACGGAUUAAAAUUUGAUACUGCUCAACUUUGUGAACGUUGUAAGGUCCCAAGAUUUAAUCAAGAAACUGCAGAAAUGGGCUCUGAGCCAAAUCAAACUCUUGCGAAGUUCCGCUCAAUUGAGACCUUGCAUCCAGAUAAUAAACAACGUGGAAAGAUAUACUUCGGGCAGUUCUUUGUUUGCGGCGAAGGGCAUGUUCAAGCUAAAAAUAAGACAAUUAAAGUGGGGGAUCCGGUUUAUGUCCUCAAGAUGGUGUCUUCAUAUAAGGAUGUUCCCUUUUGAACUUCAAUUCCUUUGAUUGAUGAAAUGUGACCCCUUUUCCUUGUAGUAUGACUUCAGACUUGCAUUGAAUAAAUUGUUCGCUGCUCUGUGUCCUCCUUAAAUAAACGAACUUUUUUUGUAGUGAUGAAUGUAUGUAUUUGGUGCACGAAAACUAAUGUUGACAACAUACAUGUAUUUUUUCAUGAUUGCGCAUAUCUUA